UAAGACAGGUUUAGAGCAUCACGAAUUCUACCCGAAGCUGUUUACUACAUGCCCUCGCAGCAUUUUUCGUAUACGUAUAGCGGUAAGCUGGUAAGACAUGAAGGGUCUGAAAAUGUCUCCACUCUUUGCAGCCUUCCUGCUGGGAUGUGCCUGCCUCGUGGCAGUACAGGACAAUGGAGAACGGAAAUAUUCUGAUGAUGAAGACAAAGACAACGGAGGUUGGGUGAAGCAGGACCCGUUUUCCAGUCCCAUAUACUGGGAGCUGGCUGAUUUCGCUGUAUAUCAUCGAGUCAGUGGGCUGCGUUAUUACGACAUCGUGGUCAAUAUCCUGGAAGUCCAGACUCAGAAAGCUAAUCACACUAACUACAAGCUAAAACUUCUGGUAGCGUCGUCCGACUGCAUCGUUGACGUCCACCCAUACACCAACGAUUGUCAACCACGGAAAGGGGUGCCCUAUAAAAUCUGUCUCGCGCACUUCGAGGAAGUUCUGACCAGCUACCAAGCCUUCCUCAUUUCAUACAAAUGCCACGCAAAAGAAGACGAUCGGAAAUAAAAUCUUUUCGGAAACUAUA